AUGAAGGCGCAUCCUUUACUCUUAGAGACGAGCUCGGCUGCCGCCAAGCCGGCACAAUCCAAAAAAGACAGAUUCAAGCCGAUGGCCCCUAAGUUUGCUUCAACAAAGGCCAAUGCAAGAGUCGUUGCACCAACUCCUGGAAUAUCUCUCGAACCGGUCAAAGCCAACCCCUACACCACUAAAGUCACCCCGCAUGAAGGGUUCGAAGGCACACCAAGAGAGCGUAUUGGCCGUAAUUUAAACUUUAACACCAAAGGAAAAUAUAUAGCACAAGCAAAUCAGAUGCGAAACCAGGCUCAAAUUGAGGCCUUGAAGCAGCGAGUGGCAGCGAGCGCUCAAAAGGUUGGCCUGGAGAGCAGCUUCGAUGUAGUGGAAAGGAGUUUCAGA